CCGAAUCAAACUCCACCUCUCUCUCGUCCGAUCGUUCGUCUCAAUCUUUCAAAUCAAUCUUCUGCUACAACUAACACCAACACCAACACCCCCAACUCAUUCAAUCUCCUAUCAGCUCCUUCUACUUCAUUCCAAUAUGGUAUAGGACCUCAUAACACUCGUCCCAUGACCGCACCUGGUGCAGGUUGGGACGCAGGUCAAUUCAAUCAUGAUUAUGAUUACACUUCUGCUAGUGUUGGACUCUACGGUAAUGGUCAACUGAUCUCACCCGAUUAUUUAGGUGAAAGUCCUGAACUGUGCUCAAAUAGUAGACCAACUACUUCGGCCCAUUUUUCAACUUUGAGUCCAGACGUCACACAAUCGGAACAAUUCCUUUCACUCUUUCCAGACUUUCUUAGUCCUCCUUCGACUACUACUUCCAUCAGACCUCAAACUCAUUCUGGAACAUCGAGUAUUGGAUUUGGUGAACAACAAAGACCUAACACUGCUUAUCCUUCAAACCUUUUGAUUAACAAUUGGCGACCGAAUGCAACGCCUCUGGGUUUAGAACCUUCGCAUAAGAUUGCCUCAUCUUAUCAUCCUUAUCCUUCUUCUCAUCCUCCUCCUUCACAUCAUCAUUCUCUUCCUAGACUUUCAAUCGAUUCGAUCACUAGCAAUCUUUCCUCUUCUUCACCUGUUACCUCUUCAUCAAAUUCGUUGGAAACGGUUCAUCCACUUUUACCUCAUCAACUUCCAAGGCACGAUUCACAGCCGUAUCAGUUCAAUCUUGGGGCACCUAGAAAACGUGCUCGAAGACGAUUUGAUGAAGUUGAAAGGUUGUAUGAUUGUAAUUAUCCAGGAUGUACAAAAGGAUAUGGAACUUUGAAUCAUUUGAAUGCACAUAUUGCAAUGCAAAAACACGGACCUAAGCGAUUACCACAAGAGUUCAAAGAGAUUAGAAAAGAAUGGAGAGCCAAGAAAAAAGCUGAAGCUGAAGCUAGAAAUGUUCAUAAUCGAUCUAAUGGUAAUCCACAUCAUCCACAUCACUAAGCUGUCCAUGAUUUUACCUCAUCAAAUCGGAUCUCUUGAUCAUUUUUCUCUUAUUAAAAUAAUUUUUGAUGGACUUUCCUUUCUUCUACUCUUUUUUGUUUGUGUGGAUCUUUUUUUCCCUUAUCUAUUGUCGUUUUUUUGGUUUUUUUUAUUUGUGUAUAAUUCAGUUUUUCUUCAACUUUUUGGUUUUUUUUAUUCUUUUUACUUUUUUUUAUAUAAGAAAUAUGAGGUGAUCUUUUUUUCUCUUGAAGUUUUUGUAGGUUUUGAUUGAUUUCUUUGAGAUUUUUUUCUUCAUUUAGCUCUUAUAUAUAUAAAUUCUAAACUUCUUGUUUUUUUUUCUAUUAUGAUUAUUACUCUUCUUGGUUUUUUCUUCUUCUUUAUCUUUUUUCCUUUUUUUUAUAAAAAAAUCAAUCCUCUUCUUGUUGUUGUUUGUUUGUUUGUUUGUUUGUUGUUGUGAUUUAACAAUAGAUGUUCUUUGAUUUGGUGUUUAGAUUUUUUUUUUGUGAAAUUGGUUUAUUUUUUUGUAUGAUGGGAUCUUUGGAGGUAUAUUACUUGUUUAUAGAAAAAAAGAAAUGAUGAAAGAAGAUUGUUAAAAACAUAAAUGAAGAAGAAGUUUUCUUGGUUUU